GACGACCGAAAGAGGCCAGAUUGAGAUGAGUGCAAGCAACCUGAACCAGAGAAGUCCAGUGCUUGAUCCACUCACCAGGAUUGCACAGAUGACGACCGAAAGAGGCCAGAUUGAGAUGAGUGCAAGCAACCUGAACCAGAGAAGUCCAGUGCUUGAUCCACUCACCAGGAUUGCACAGUGUCCGAAACAUCACCUAGUGUGCGCAACAAUAGGCUCCUUGGACAAGUGCGUUCAGUGUGUGGGACCUGUAUCCUCCAAGUGGCUUGGCUAUCAAUGCAAAGUCUGUUCAGGAGUCUGGCAUAAAUCCUGCCUCAGACGAAUAAAUGAUAACCUCCAACACCACUCAAAGGGGCAGCAGUUUUCUGAAUGUCCUGAGGGUGAGCUGUCGUCAGAUCAGGAGAACAUGUCUGAUAUGGAAUACGUACCAGACUCUGAGUCACAAGAAGAUGAAGAAGAUGAAGAUAAUGAAGACUCAGAUGCAAGAGUGCCCUUUAUGUCUAAUCAUUCAAAACGAGAACAGAUUCAAGUAAAUCCAGCGAUGCCCGAUGUCAGAACAUCUAAAGUGUCAGACACAAGCUUUCCAGUUGUACCCAGCACGUCAAAGUCUUGGCAACCUCUUGAAGAUGACAUGGGUGCCAAUGCUGCUAAAAUGUCGAAUGAUAAGCCAGAGGGUGAAGCUGAGAUUCACAAACCAGAAUCAACACAUCUGACAUUGAGCAAAAAAAAUUUCUGUUAUGUUUGUGGUAAACCACAAAGCAAAAUUUCACGCCACUUGAAAACGCAUAAGACACAUGCUGAAAUUGUACAUGCAUUUUCUCUCCCUGAGCACUCCAAAGAGCGCAAAAAACUGAUAGAAAAAAUGAGGAAUAAAGGAAAUUUUAGACAUAACGCUACAGUUUUACAAGAAGGAACCGGACAACUGAAGGUGAAGAAAAAAACAAAAGCUAAAGUUGUAGCAGGAAACUUUAUUCACUGUAUGUACUGUCAAGGAAUGUACAUUCGUAAGGAGCUUUGGAGACAUGUCCGCAGAUGCCCCUGCAAGCCAGAAGAUUUGGAUGAAGAACCUGGAAGAACAAAAGUGCUGGGUUUGGCUGGAGCUCAACAGUCUAUGUCCUGUCAGCAGAUUCCAAGUGGAGUGUGGAAGCUGAUUAGUGUAAUGAGGCAGGAUGAGGUUACCUCUGUUGUGCGGAAUGACUUUUCAAUUAUUCAGUUUGCCCAGUCACUUUACAACAGGCACGGACACGACCCUACAAAAUAUGAAUACAUAAGACAGAAGCUUCGUGAAAUCGGACGUCUGUUGUUAUGUUUGCGCACGGACUUCUCAGUACAUAACCUAGAGGACGCUGUUAAACCUGCAAACUUUAAGACAGUUGUGCAAGCAGUGAAAAAAGUUUCAGGUUUCGAUGAUGAAAAGCUGUCAUACCGAACACCCAGCCUUGCACUUAAAUUAGGACAUGCUCUGAACAAAAUCAAUGACAUCAUUCAUUGUCGGGCCCUCAUGGCUGAAGAUGAUGAACUGGUCAAGUCCACUGGCUUUUUCAAAAAAUUGUACACAUCCAAGUGGGCUGAGUUGGUGUCUCACAGUGCACUGAACACGCUGAGUGAUGCAAAGUACAACAAACCAUCAACUCUACCCUUCACAGAAGAUGUUCAGAUGCUUCAUCAGUUCCUCCAGAAAUCUGCAGAAAGUGCCUUUAGCAAAUUGAAGGAGGAGGCCACGGCUCAAAAUUAUGGUUGUCUUGCAAAUGCUACACUUUCACAAAUAAUUGUUUUUAAUCGUAGACGUGCUGGGGAGGUUUCGAAGAUGCGCCUCAAAAGCUUUGAGCAGAGGGACUGCUCAAAGCUCCAUGACGAUGUUGCUAUCGGACUAUCACAUGUUGAACAGAAGCUCUGCAACUUUUUUAGCAGAAUAGAAAUUAUGGGAAAAAGAGGGAGAAAAGUUGCAGUUCUGCUCACCCCAAGUGUUUUAGAUGCUCUGUCACUUUUGAUUAGUAAACGGUCUGAGUGUGGUAUUUGUGCCACAAAUGUCUUCUUGUUUGCGAGACCCAAGUCAAUGAGCCACUAUAGAGGACAGGACUCUUUGCGUGUCCAUGCAAGCCAGUGUGGAGCAAAGCACCCUGAGCACCUCAGGUCUACACAGCUCAGGAAGCAUGUUGCCACACUUUCCCAAGUACUAAAUUUAAAAAACAAUGAACUUGAUCAGGUUGCAGAUUUUCUUGGUCAUGACAUUCGUGUUCACAGAGAUUUUUAUAGAUUACCAGUUCCCACCACACAACUGGCCAAGAUUUCAAAACUGCUUUUGACCAUGGAAAAGGGACAUCUCUCCAGCCUGCAAGGGAAAUCUCUGGAUGAGAUUGAACUAGAAGAGGAACUUGCACUGACUGACACUGAGGCCAAGGACAGUGAGGGUGAGUCGGAUGAGAGUGACACAGCUGUCACAGCAUCAGAAGGUGGAAAUGCCGAGCCUGUUGGUGCUGCAUUAGCUUCUACACUCACAGAACAGGUCCAGGAAACUGCAGAUUUAGCAGGAACUGUGUCGUCCACAGUAGAUGAGACUGCUUCUCCGUCUGAAGGCAAAACUCAUCAAGAACAUCAUUCCAGAAAAGUGAAAAAGAAGAUCUGGUCCAAGGCUGAGGAGGCUGCAGUAAUGCGGCACUUCAAAGCUUACAUACUCAAAGGAAGACUAGCCACCAAACAUGAAUGCAGUCACUGCAAGAUGGUCGAAGGCUCCGUGUUAGCACAACGAACAGUGCAAAAUAUAAGGGACUUUGUGAGAAACCGGGGAACAACUGCAAAGAGAAAGGCAGAGCAGCAAAAGCUGUAAAUCCACUGACUUGUGUUCAUUUGUUUUUGUUUGCAUUGUGGUUUGGCUGAUGCCUUAACGUUUUAAAAGGCAAAAUGUUUCAAAAAAUGUUAUUUUAAAGUGGAUAAAAGUAAUACUUCAGCAGACAAGCUAAUGGAAGUUCAUAAUGCCCAUUUUUUUUUUGUUUUUAGCGUGUGUGGCUGCUAAGAAAUUAGGUUUUGCUGUAUGCAAAUCCUGUUUACAAUUGUAAUAGGUAUUUGAAGUUCGCUCCAAACAAAUGCUAAAAAAAAUCCAGUUCUGUUUUUCUUCAUCUUGUGGUUAAGCUCAGAAUUGGGAUC